AUUUUGAUCUUGUCACUAGCAUACCUUGUAAUUAUUAAUCUUAUUCCACGAAUUUAAGUUGUAACUGAAUGUCUGAUUGUGUCUAUCAGCCGUCGUUUGUUUCAGGUUUCUUAAAGGUUAGGCUAGCAUAGUAUAAUUCAUUGAUAGAAACUUAGAAAGAGUAUAAUAUUAUACCUACACGUUAAUAAUUAUGUUCGACCCAAAUGCGCAUGAUGAAUUUGGCUUCAACGAUAUAACUAUUCGCAGAAACUUCUUAUGUAAAGUUUUCAGCAUUUAUAUAUGCCAACUACUAAUGGCAUUAGCAUUUGUGACUGUGGCAAUUUUCCACGAUCCUACAAGACUUUAUGUACAAUCACAUCCUAGUCUUAGUAUCAUCGCAAGUUUUAUAACUUUAAGUAUUUUAAUAGCACUCGCAUGCAGUGAAAAUUUACGCCGCAAGAGUCCUAACAACUUUAUUUUCUUGUUUAUGGUGACCGUUGCAUUAUCAUUUUUACUAGCAACAUCUGUGUCUCAUUACUAUCCCAAUCAAGUACUUUUGGCUCUCUGCUUGGCUACAUUGAUAUGUUUUGCUCUUACAAUGUUUGCUUUACAAACUAAGAUAGAUUUUACAGUCAUGGGUGGUUUCUUAAUGAUAUUUGUAAUAGUCUUACUGGUUGCAUCUAUCAUUACUUUAUUUUUCCCUGGAACAAUUAUGUCACUCAUAGUUGCAUUUGCAGGGGUGAUAAUAUAUUGCUUAUAUCUCAUUUAUGACAUCCAAAUGGUGGUUGGCGGUGACCAUGAGUAUUCAAUCUCUCCAGACGAAUACAUACUUGCAGCACUAACAAUUUAUAUUGACAUAGUAAACAUGUUAAUGAACAUGUUAGCCAUGAUGGUAACAGACCAUUAAAAAUUUUAAAUUAUAAGACUUAUGAAUGUUUAAAUAAAAUA